CUCAAUGGGGAGUGGUUGCGUCUGGCCCCGCUGGAGACACAAACGCCUGCACUCCAUGGCUCCCUGCCCGGGUCUGAGUGUGAGCAGAGUGUGUGUACGUCUUCGGACCGUGUGCACUCACGCGUGUGCACAUGGCGUGCAUAUGUGUGCAAGUCGCCGCGCGUUUAAUUCCAACGGCGUGUGUGCACAUCGUGUGCACUGUAUGCCUGGGGGACCGCAGCGUCGGGGGACCACGCAUCUCCCAGGCGAGGGGAGGAUUCCCGAGUCCCUGGCCUCGCCUGCAGGAGCCUCUCUCCGCAGCCUCCACGGAGCGCUCAGCGCUGCUCGGCGGCCAGGACCUGCUGAGGACAAACGCCUCCAAGCAGACGACGGCGCUGAGUGCCCUGAAGGAGGAGGUCGGAGCCUGCCACAGCUGCUGCUCGGGGACACAGGCGAAGCUGCAGACCACGCGCGCGGAGCUUGGGGAGGCGCAGGCGAAGCUGAUGGAGCAGGAGAGCGCCCUGCGGGAACUGCGUGAGCGCGUGACCCAGGGCUUGGCCGAAGCCGGCAGGGACCGCGAGAACGUCCGCACUGAGCUGUUCCGGGCGCUGGAGGCCGUGAGGUUCCAGAACAGCUCCUGCGAGCCGUGCCCCCAGUGGUGGCUGCCCUUCGAGGGGUCCUGCUACUUUUUCUCUGUGCCAAAGACCACCUGGGCGGCGGCGCAGAGUCACUGCGCCGAUGCCAGCGCGCACCUGGUGAUCGUUGGGGACCUGGAUGAGCAGGGCUUCCUGACUCGGAACACGCGUGGCCGUGGUUACUGGCUGGGCCUGAGAGCUGUGCGCCAGCUGGGCAAGGUUCAGGGCUACCAGUGGGUAGACGGAGUCUCACUCACCUUCAGCCACUGGAACCGGGGAGAGCCCAAUGACUCUCGAGGACGCGAGGACUGUGUCAUGAUGCUGCGCACGGGGCUGUGGAACGACGCACCGUGUGACAGCGAGAAGGACAGCUGGAUCUGUGAGAAAAGGCGCAGCUGCUGACUCCGCCCAGUGACCCGGAGCCACGGGCAUUGCAGCACGUGGUAUCCCGGGGGCUGCUCACCUCGCUGGCUCCUGGAGCUAGUUGCCAAAGAGUUUCUUCCUUCCUCGUUCGCCAGUACUGAGUCCAAGAACCACGCGGCCCAACAGAGCCCUGUCCAGUCCAGUGCCUGGGCUCCGUGACAACCUCGUCCCAACUCCACACACGCAGACCCAACCUAACCUCCAUUAGCUCCAAAAUCCCUGCUCCUGGGUCCCAGUGAUGUGACUUCACUUCUCUUCCUAGCCAAGGUUAGGUGACUGAGGGCUGGAGCUGUCCGGUUUUCUCGCAUUGUCCGCCAAACUGGGAGCUGUUUCUGCAGCCUGAGGAAGCAUCAAUAAAUAUCUGAGAAAUUAAUCCAG